CGACGCCUUUUAAGUUGACGCUCAAAUCGAAUUUUUUUUUGUUUUAAUAAUAUAGCUUAGCUUAGCUUAGCGUUAUUUAAUUUAUUUUAUUUUCGAGUUAAGUAAGUUGUGAGACUUGUGCCAACGGCUUGCAUGCUACAUUUGUGCGCCAGUUUCGUGUUAAACCGAGAAAUUUGGAUCCAAAAUGGCUUGGACCCCGUCGACACGCUUUGAGGACGAUCUCGUCGAUUCGCAGCCGGGCUGCAAUUUUGUGCUGGGCCAGAUGGCCUAUGAGAUGAAGCGCGAAGCGGAGUAUACUCCGCGUCCACCGGGCACGUACGAAUACUUGGCGGAUCGCGACAAGCGCAACGCCGAGAUUGAUAUGCAGUACGGCCCGGCCAGCUCCAAGACCAAGAGGAUUCAGGACUCCCUGACCAUGAUGGAGCGCAUUCAACAGAUCUCCGGCACCAAGCCGCUGGGUGAGCACGCCACCAUGGCCGACUGGAAAGACACGAGCACCGUUGAGCAAGAGGCCAUCGCCAUGAUGCGCCACUACGGCCUGAUGUCCAUGGGUGCUGAACCCUUGGCCCCGCUUCCGCUUAAGGAAGAGUACGUACCCAAGGGGCCGAUUCAUUUGGUCCGCAAUGGCCACCGUAAGUUGCCCUUGAUCACGGAUCCCGAAUACUUUCGGCCUCGCAAGACACGUCUGGCCAAGGACACUACCAAAAGCAGUCUCUCGACCAGCUUCAACGAUUCUGGCUCGUACCACACUGCCAACGACAGCACUUUGGACAGCAUCUACGGAUCCGCCGUAUCGGAUGUGGAAACAACGUUAAGCAGUCAGGAUGAUGCCGGUGUACCAUACAAACUGCUCGAAAAGAUGACACUGGAACCGAAGAAGACUACAGCAACAGGACCAAAGCCGGGCGCAGCAACAGGACCAAAGACGAUCGCAGCAAGAGGACCAAAGCCGGUCGCAGCAACAGGACUAAACCCGAUCGCAGCAACAGGACUAAAGCCGGUCGCAGCAACAGGACCAAAGAAGGCCGCAGAAACUGGAGCCAUACCGAAGAAACCGCUGGAGAAAACCGAAGCUACUGCAGAACCCAAAAAGGGAGAACCUACGGGACAUAUAUCCAAGCGGCGCAUGAGGCAGCGGCAACAUCGUGCCCUGGGGUGGCCACAGAAUCCUCAAAUAGGGAACUGAACUGAUUUAAUCAGUAUUUACACACACACACACAUAACUGGAGGCCUAGCUACACAUAACACAUAAUUUAUAUAUUCAUAUAAAUAGGGAAGGAAGAGAAUUCUAUAUUAUAAUAGAAAAUUUCUAGUAUAGCUAAACAUUAUUUUUUUUUUUUACUUUCUAAAUUUAACAAAAAAUCGAAUAUACCCCUUAACUCUUUGAGUACCGGGUAUAAAAAACGGAGAAUGUAUUUAAAAAACUGCGAUGAAAAAGUCCAUGAGAAUCAAUGAAAGCGUUAUGAAGAGUAUAAUAUUUAAAGAAAACGAUUCAGAUGUAGCCCAGCAUUAGGAUCAAUUAGUUGAAAUCAACAUAAAAAAAUAGGGCAAAAAUAUGAUCUUCCAAAGGUUUAACCAAGGUAGUACCCAGGAUUUUGCGAAAGGGAGGGCUGAAUCAGCUAAAAUUUCCAAUGUACAUUCAGUUUUAAUUUUGGUUUCUAACUAACAAGUAUGCAAAAAGGGGGGAAAAAUUCAAAAAUUAGUCUGAAUGAAUUCUAAAAGACCAAAUAAAUAAAAAUACCUUCUAUAUGCAAAACUGUUCACAAAUGUCAAAGUUAUUUAAUGUUUACAUGGAGGACUAAAACUUGGCACACCCUGUAUAAAUAGCAA